UCCCCGCCCCGUCCGGCGUGCAGGGCUCUGGGUGUGGUCGCCGUCUUGUGUUAGCGGAGCCUACUGCGGUUCGCGACCCGCAGCCGGGCGCACAGCAGCAGCGCGGUGGUGGCGGCCAGGCUCCAGCUCUUCACUUGAGACUCCCGAGGGAAGCAGCCACACAGGAUGAGUGAGCUGGAGCAGCUGAGGCAGGAGGCCGAACAGCUCCGGAAUCAGAUCCAGGAUGCUCGGAAGGCCUGCAACGAUGCCACGCUGGUUCAGAUCACGUCUAACAUGGACUCCGUGGGCCGAAUACAAAUGCGAACAAGGCGCACGCUGCGCGGCCACCUCGCCAAGAUCUACGCCAUGCACUGGGGAUACGAUUCCAGGCUACUAGUCAGUGCUUCCCAAGAUGGAAAAUUAAUUAUUUGGGAUAGCUAUACAACAAAUAAGAUGCACGCCAUCCCGCUGAGGUCCUCCUGGGUCAUGACCUGUGCCUAUGCCCCGUCUGGGAACUACGUAGCCUGUGGAGGCUUGGACAACAUCUGCUCCAUAUACAACCUGAAGACUCGUGAGGGCAACGUGAGAGUGAGCCGGGAGCUGCCAGGGCACACAGGCUACUUGUCCUGCUGCCGAUUCUUAGAUGACGGACAAAUCAUUACAAGUUCUGGAGACACGACUUGUGCUUUGUGGGACAUUGAGACCGGACAGCAGACGACCACCUUCACAGGACACUCGGGGGACGUGAUGAGCCUCUCACUGAGUCCUGACUUGAAGACCUUUGUUUCUGGUGCUUGCGAUGCAUCUUCAAAACUGUGGGAUAUCCGAGACGGGAUGUGUAGACAGUCUUUCACAGGACACAUCUCAGACAUCAAUGCUGUCAGCUUCUUCCCCAGUGGAUAUGCCUUUGCCACUGGUUCUGAUGACGCCACCUGCCGACUCUUUGACCUCCGUGCAGACCAGGAGCUCCUGCUGUAUUCCCAUGACAAUAUCAUCUGUGGCAUCACUUCUGUGGCCUUCUCAAAGAGCGGGCGCCUCCUGCUAGCCGGCUAUGACGACUUCAACUGCAGUGUGUGGGACGCUCUGAAAGGAGGUCGGGCAGGUGUCCUUGCUGGUCAUGACAACCGUGUUAGCUGCUUAGGUGUGACUGAUGACGGCAUGGCUGUGGCCACUGGCUCCUGGGACAGUUUUCUCAGAAUCUGGAAUUGAGUGCUGUAUUUUCUGUUCUCCAAUGAUAUUUGGAGAAAUCUGUGCUACAGCCAUAGCUGUGAGGAAAAAAAACCCCUCUACCUUCUAUUUGCAGAUGAAGUUCUUCUAUUGAGGUGACUAUAUAUAUAAAAAGCCACGUUCAAUAAACUGUAGUUUAUUGAAACUCUUCUAACAAAAAUGGUGGUCAAAGAAACAAUCAAGACUAAGAUCCCUUGGUGCGGUUAAGGCCGUGAUAUUCACUGAGCGGUUGUGUUGACUUUAUCCCGACAGAUUCUUGCUUGUGCUAAUUGUUUUUCUGUAGAUUAGAGUACACACUUUAUAGCAGGACAACCAUUUGUGUUUGCAUUUUGUUAAGGCCUACCAUUGAACUUUGUAUAUACAAAAAAAUGUCACAUUUUUUAGAGUGUUGUCGUGGAAGCACCAGGGCCUGUGACAGACAGAAGUGAUACUGUAGAUAUAUGUGCUGUCUGAAGGAAGGCCCCUUGGAUUCUGACAUCACAUUUUAACCUGAGUGUCCCUGACUGCUUCACAAUUAGGAGGGCUGAUAGGUGAGGUGAUUCUGAGGGACCCAGUGGCUGUUCACGCAUUCUUUGCCACACUAGGAAGUUAAGUAGAUGCUCGUUUUCAGUCCUUUGAGGGGACAGGUGAUAUGAAGGCCAGGGGGUAAAAAAUUCACUUUGACAUAGGGUACACACUGAAGAAAUGUCAUUACAGUUUAUUACAUUAGAAACCAGUAGACACUGGCAUGUAAUUUUUGGUAUUUUAAGAGGUUCAGCCAUUUGAACCAUCGGACCUUGCUGUUAAUUUUGCAUUCUGAAGCGAAGUUUGUAGAAAGUACUAGUAUUUGAGAAGUCUGACAAAAACCUGACUUGUCCCUGCAUUUGAAGACUCUUGCCUGGUGUUCUCUGUAACAGGACGAAGCGUUUUUGAGAAAUGUAAACUCAUCCAUUCAACUGGCACAAAUAUAUGAUUUAUGUGUCACACACACAUACACAUAUAUAUAUAUAUAUGUAUAUACACACACAUAUACACAUGUACGAUGGCUUUAUGAAUUCUGUGUGAUGUAAAAAUCUAUGUAAUGUAAAAGCAGGUAUAAACUGUUUGUAGCCGUGAACUUUACUUUCCAUUUUUUUGUGGUGCUGCAGAAAUCCAGGCCUUGCGCCCACUCGCCACGUGCUCUACUUAGCACAUCCGAACUCCGCAGAUCAAAGCUCUCUGCGGUGUGUUCCCGUUCUCCAUAGCGCCGUGGACUUUGGGUGAUUACUGCAAAGCCAGUCUAGAGUUGACCCAUCCUGGAGCCUAAGGCAUUAUUCCAAAGGUGCAGAGCUGCACCAACUGCUUGGUAAAGUGUCUGUCACUGGGAUGUCCCGCCUCCAAACUGGACAGACACCUGUCCUCUCCUGUUUUCUUCUAUAGAUUUAAGUGAAGACAAUAGCGGACUGUUAAGUCUUGCUGGUGCUGUCUCCUUGGGACAUUCGGAUGUAUAUAAACAUUGUAAAACUGCUCUUUAGCAGUUUCUGUGUUAACGUUGAUCACCUGUAACUGUAACCUUAAUACUUCCACACUGCAUCUGUGAGUUUCUCUUUGUACUGUAAAUAGGCCUGUGUACGUAAAGGCUGUGAUCAUA